GUGAAUAAUUUCCUGAUGACUGGUCCCAAGGCAUAUCUCAUCUACUCCAGCAGUGUUGCAGCUGGUGCACAGAGUGGUAUUGAGGAAUGCAAGUUCCAGUUUGCUUGGGAUCGUUGGAACUGUCCUGAGAGAGCUUUGCAACUGUCCAGCCACGGAGGCCUUCGCAGUGCUAACCGAGAAACAGCUUUUGUCCAUGCAAUCAGCUCAGCUGGGGUCAUGUACACAUUGACACGAAACUGCAGCCUUGGGGACUUUGACAAUUGUGGAUGUGAUGAUUCUCGCAAUGGACAGUUUGGAGGCCAAGGAUGGCUGUGGGGAGGCUGCAGUGACAACGUGGGCUUCGGGGAAGCCAUUUCCAAGCAGUUUGUGGAUGCCCUUGAAACAGGGCAGGAUGCCAGAGCAGCAAUGAAUCUGCAUAACAAUGAAGCUGGCCGAAAGGCAGUGAAAGGGACUAUGAAGAGAACCUGCAAGUGCCAUGGGGUUUCGGGCAGUUGCACCACCCAGACCUGCUGGUUGCAACUCCCCGAGUUUCGAGAAGUGGGGACAUACCUGAAGGAGAAAUACCACAAAGGAUUGAAAGUAGACAUACUGAAAGGGGUUGCCAACAGCGCUGCAAGUCGGGGCGCCAUAGUGGAAACCUUCAGCUCAAUAUCCAAAAAGGAGCUUGUCCACUUGGAAGACUCUCCUGACUACUGCUUGGAGAACAAGACUUUGGGCCUCUUGGGCACGGAAGGCCGGGAGUGUCUGAAGAGAGGCAAGGCCCUGAGUAAGUGGGAGAAACGGAGCUGCCAGCGCCUGUGUGGAGACUGUGGGUUGGCUGUGGAGGAACAGCGAGCAGAAAUGGUGUCGAGCUGCAACUGCAAAUUCCACUGGUGUUGCGCAGUUCGCUGUGAGCAGUGCCGCAAACGUGUCACCAAGUAUCACUGUGUACGCAAGGAGAAAGGAGAGCAGCACGGGGGCAAUGUGCCCCCACGGAAGCUUAGGAGGAAACAGCCUUAG